GAUUCAACCGCCUCAGCCUAAGUGCUGGGAUUACAGGCGUGAGCCGCGACGCUGUGCCAGGCGUUUUCUAUAGCCGUUUUUACCUUUCCAGCCUCACAAGGAGGCUGUAUUUCACUGGUGAAAACUGGGAACCUGUCCAUGGCACCCUGAGCCCAGGGCUGUCUUUCACACCCCAGCAGGUCCAGAUAGGAGUAUGUGGGGGGUGACAGUCAUGGCUAUCUGCCUAGCAGAGGUGGGGAGUGCUAGGAAUGGGGGGCCUGAGCAGAGGUCGCCCGUAUCUCAAGCCAAGUUGCCCCUUCCCCUGCCUGGCCCCUUUGGCAGCCCUCGCUCUCAUGGGUGACAGCGACACGGCUUUCUGUUGCACUGUGCUGGCACUCCCUCUGGUAUCCUCAGGCACGGCAGGGCCAGCCACACAGCAGGGGCUCAGGGAAGGAUCUGAUGAUGGCAGGAGACGGGCAGCUAUGUGAGAGACAGGGUGGGAAGAGACCUCUGCUCUUGGGUCCUUUACACCAGCACUGGUAUAGAGCCACCCACCCGGGUCCAGAUCCGCCCCAGCACUUACCAGGUGUGGGCCCUGGGCCACUGGCUGACUGUGCCUCAGUUUCCUCGUGUGUAAAAGGAGGGCCACUUUGUUUGUGUUUGAGACAGGGUCUCACUCUGCCACCCAGGCUGGAGUGCGAUGGCAGGAUCUCGGCUCACUGCAGCCUCCGCCUCCUGGGUUCGGGUGAUCCUCUUACCUCUGCCUCCCAAGUAGCUGGGACUACAGGCAUGAGCCACCACGCCCAGCUCAAAUGAGGGUAACAUUAAUGGCAGCUACCUCUGGGACCUCACGAGGAGCAAGGCUUAGUAAAAGCACAUUCUGCUCUGAAGCGGGAGGGAGCGGUGGGGCCGUGUGCUGCCUCCUUGCAGUCUCUCCUGUCCGCCCCGCCCCUCGGCUGUUUUCGCUCGGUUGUUUCCGAGGCACCUGCUGGCUCCUGGGCAGAGGCUGACCCUGUUCAACCUCCACCUGCAAAGCCACUCCCUGCGAGGUCCGGGAUGUGGUGGGGACCCCAGGGGAACAGCAGGAACCCUGGUUCCGGCCUUAAGAACACAGAGAGAGGUGCUGGCACACGGACUUUCCUCGCCUCACAACCCGGAAGAGCUGGCCCAGCCGCUUCUCUAUUGGCAGUUCCUCCAUUCAGGUGUGUCUUCUGCACACGCCCUCAAAGCCGAUGCUGAGAACUUGCUUUCUGAUUGGUAGCCGGGCGAGUUCACGUGACUUGGCCGCUAUUGCCCGCCCAGCUCACUUCCCUAUUGGUCGAGAUCACAGCCCUUCAGCUGCCACGGUGAGGACGCAGCACUCCGGCUAGGAAGCAGAUCCUGCAGGCUCGGAGCGUCAGCUGCCGGCUCGGCGCCAUGGCGUCCCAGGGUCGGCGGCGGAGGCACCCGCGGAGGCUGGAGACGGUGGUGCCGGGGGAAGCGACUGAGACGGAUUCGGAGCCCUCUGCGUCCUCGUCUGAGGAGGAGGAGCUGUACCUGGGUCCUUCGGGCCCGACGCGCGGCCGCCCCACUGGGCUGCGGGUGGCUGGGGAAGCCGCGGAGACCGACUCGGACCCGGACCCGGAGCCGGAGCCGGAGCCGACGGCUGCGCCCAGGGACCUGCCUCCGCUCGUGGUGCAGCGGGAGUCGGCGGAGGAGACCUGGGGCGCGGAGGAGGCCCCGGCGCCCGCCCCCGCGCGCUCACUUCUGCAACUUCGGCUGGCGGAGAGCCAGGCUCGGCUGGACCACGACGUAGCGGCCGCCGUGAGCGGUGUGUACCGCCGUGCGGGCCGCGACGUGGCCGCCCUGGCUAGUAGGCUGGCGGCAGCCCAGGCGGCGGGGCUGGCGGCGGCCCACAGCGUGCGCCUGGCACGCGGGGACCUCUGCGCACUGGCUGAGCGCCUGGACAUCGUGGCUGGCUGCCGCCUGCUGCCGGACAUCCGCGGCGUGCCGGGUACCGAGCCUGAGCAGGACCCGGGGCCGCGGGCCUAGCCAUGAUUCUACUUCCCAACCUGACUACCUGACCCUGCAAUUUGGGGGUAGGCCUUGCUGCCUCUGGAACUUGACUCUGUCCCUUGUGUCUCUUUUAAUUAUUUUUAUUUUUUUAUUUUAAAGACGGGGUUUCACCAUGUUG